AUGGCGCUUCAACAACAAGCAACGGCGCAAAGACAGAGCAUUGGUUCAAAGUCAAUUUCGUCCAAAGUUUCGAAAUCGUCUAAGAGUUCGAAAAAAGAAAAAGCCAAAAUGGACGCAGAAUUGAAAAGAUUGGCAGCUACCCAAGCUGAGGAAGCAGCGAUAUUUGAAGCUGAGAUGGAAAAGAAAAAGAUAGAGAUAGAAUUUCAAACGGGCGAAAAAGUAAGAAAACUGAAAGCAGAGGCUGCCCUCGCAGAACGAAAAGCCGAACUGAUGCAAGAAUAUGACAGCGAUGACAUGUCCAGCUCGAAUGAUGAAAAUGGAUCGGACAGAUUGCCACCCCCUCCAAUUACACAAUUAAUAAAAGGAGAACAGACUGAAUUAUGGGUAAAGUCUUGCUCAAGCCAAACAGCUGAUAAACAAGCCUUGGACAAUCUUGAAUCGCCUGAGCGUGUCAACAAUCAACCCAAGAAAUAUUUUGAAAACACGUGUAAUAGAAAUAAAGUGGAAACAAAUACAGCUGGUCAAAAGGGACAUGUCACAUUUAAUGAGCGUGGGAAAAAUAGAUCGAGCGCAAGAAUCAUACCGGAAAUUAGUAAAAACCAGAUUUCGGAUGCUCAAGCAGUGAUGUUAAAGGUGAAUAUGUUACAAGCAAUGCAACCUGUGAAAUUUGAUGGUAACCCGUCUGACUUUCCCACAUUUAGAAAAAGAUUGAUUGACAAUCUUGAAGACGGAGUUCUUAAUGACAGUCAAAAAAUCGAAUUUCUACCUAAAUUUGUAUCUGGAGAUGCGUAUGAAACUGUGAAAAGAGUGGCUGGCU